GAUUCCAAAUAAUAAGACCGUUGAAAGUGUUGAAAGUAUAGGCAGGCUGUAGGUGUUGAACUCAUAUAGCGGUAGGAUUUUAAUUGUAUUUUAGCAUAUAUUUUUAGAAAAAACAGGUUAACUUGAUUUCGCGGUUUGGGCAAUGCUGGAAACGCGGGGAUUGUUUUGCACGCCUUAGAUUUCCAGCCUCAGCCCUGCUAUUUCUGACAUUGAUUCCAGGUCGGUGAUUGGAUUUUGCGGGUAUCCUAUUUGUUGUGAAGCUUUUCUUUCCCUUCUGGACAUUCAAGCCCUACGCUUUUAUGAUUUAGAAGGGAAAGAAAGCACAGGGAUACUGAAGUUUUCCUUGCUGUUCUUUAUAAUUUAAAAUCAUAUUAUAAAAGAAUGAGUUUCAUCUCUGGCGCCAUUUCGAGGCAAGUCUUGCCUGCUUGUGGUAGCCUAUGUUUCCUUUGCCCUGGACUGCGUACAAGGUCUAGACAGCCUGUCAAGAGGUAUAAGAAGAUGAUUGCUGAAAUAUUUCCACGUAAUCAGGAGGAAGGACCAAAUGAGCGCAAGAUAGGAAAGCUGUGUGAAUAUGCUUCAAAAAAUCCUUUACGCAUCCCAAAGAUCAGUACUUCCCUUGAGCAAAGGUGUUACAAGGAGUUGAGGAAUGAGAAGUUUCAAUCAGUGAAAAUCGUUAUGUGUAUUUACAGGAAAUUGUUGGUCUCUUGUAAGGAGCAAAUGUCAUUAUUUUCUAGUAGCUUGCUGAGCAUUAUACAGACACUGCUGGAUCAAACACGGCAUGAUGAAAUGAGAAUUAUAGGAUGUCAGACUCUUUUUUACUUUUUAAAUAAUCAGAAUGAUGGCACUUGCAUGUUUAAGUUAGAAGGGUUUAUUCCAAAACUAUGUCAAUUAGCUCAAGAAACUGGAGAAAGUGAAAGGGAAAAAAAUCUAUGUGCAGCUGGGUUGCAAGCACUUUCUUCAAUGAUUUGGUUUAUGGGCAUACACUCUCACAUUUCGGUGGAAUUCGAUAAUAUUGUUUCAGUAGUCUUGGAAAAUUAUGAAGACCCAAGGAAAAAUUUGGAGAACCAUAAUGGUGGCAAAAGUCAGUUGGAAAAAGAAGUGGUAAAAGAUGAGGGUCAUGACUCUCCAUCACCAGAUGUCCCCAUAACAUUUCCUUCUUGGGACACAAUUGUGAAUGACAAUGGAGAACUAAAUAUCUCAGUGGAAGAUGCCCAAAAUCGCAGCUUCUGGUCCAAAGUUUGCUUACAUAACAUGGCAAACCUAGCCAAGGAAGCUACAACAGCAAGACGGGUUCUUGAGUCUUUGUUCCGUUACUUGGAUAGUGAAAACUUAUGGUCUCUUCAAACUGGUCUUGCCUUUCCAGUCUUAAAGGAUAUGCAGCUUUUAAUGGAGAGCUCUGGACAGAAUACACAUUUUUUGCUGUCGUUAUUAGUUAAGCAUCUUGACCAUAAAAGUGUUCUCAAACAACCUGACGUGCAACUUCAGAUUCUAGAGGUUACAUCCUCCCUUGCUCGAUAUUCAAAAGUUGAGCCUUCUAUAGCAAUACUUGGUGCAGUUAGUGAUGUUAUGAGGCAUUUACGAAAGAGCAUACAUUGCUCACUUGACGAUGCAACUCUGGGAGUUGACACUAUAAAUUGGAACAAGAACUUUAAAGAAGCUGUAGAUAAUUGCCUUGUACAGUUAUCGCAAAAGGUUGGAGAUGCAGGUCCAAUUCUUGAUGCUAUGGCUGUGAUGUUGGAGAACAUCUCAAAUCUUACAGUUAUAGCUAGAGCUACAGUCUCUGUUGUCUAUCGAACUGCUCAAGUUGUUGCUUCAAUUCCAAAUCCAUCUUAUCUAAACAAGGCUUUUCCUGAGUCAUUGUUCCAUCAAUUACUCCCAGCUAUGGUCCACCCUGACCAUGAAACACGAAUUGGUGCUCACCGUAUCUUUUCUGUUGUGCUUGUCCCAACUUCAGUUUGCCCUCAACAAUCCUCUGUUCCUCCAUUAACAAACAAAGCCAUUCCAAGAACACUUUCAAGAACUGUCUCUGUCUUUUCUUCAUCAGCUGCCCUUUUUGAGAAGCUAAGGAAGGAGAAAUCUUUCUCGAGGGGGAAUGGUUAUAUAGAAAAAGAAAGUAUUGUUAAUGAGGGAAGUAAUAAUAUGAUUCUAAAUAGAUUGAAUUCAUCUUAUAGUCGAGCAUCUAGUUCAAGAAAUCUGUCAGUACCUUUGGAAACAGAUAAAAAUUCUCUGAGCAAUUCAAAUACAGAAUCUGAGACCCAUUCUCUACGGCUUAGUAGCACCCAGAUCAGUCUCUUGCUUUCAUCAAUUUGGGCACAGUCUGUCUCUCCUCAAAAUACACCACAAAACUAUGAAGCAAUUGCUCAUACAUACAGCCUAGUGUUGCUCUUCUCUCGAGCCAAGAAUUCUAGCAAUGAGGCUCUUGUUCGUAGUUUCCAGCUAGCCUAUUCAUUGCGACGUAUUUCUCUUAAUGAAGGAGGGCCACUUCCACCAUCAUGUCGUAGAUCACUUUUCACCUUGGCAACAUCAAUGAUCCUAUUUUCAUCAAAAGCAUCCAAUAUUCUUCCUAUUGUCUAUUCUACAAAGGUUGCCCUUAGAGAAAGAGUGGUUGAUCCAUUCUUGCACUUGGUGGAAGAUUGCAAGUUGAAGGUAGUUGACACUGGGUCUGACCGACCAACAAAUGUUUAUGGAUCUAAAGAAGAUGACGAUUUGGCUGCUAAGACACUCUCACAAAUUCAGAUUACCCCAGAGCAAGAUGGCGAAAGCCUUGCUUCUGAGAUCGUGAAAAGCUUGGGAAUUUCGUCAGAACCUGAAUUGUCCAAUACACGAGCACAGCUGUUAAGCAAAUUCUUGCCAGAUGAUGUGUGUCCUCUAGGUUCCCACUUGACUAUUGAUCAACUGCAUAAAGAAUAUCAAGCUGGUGCGGAAGAGAGUAAAUCUACCCAGGAGGAUGAUGCUUUUGCAGAACCAUUUGAAUGUCAAACCAAGGAUGGUUCAGGGUUGUCCCAGGAAACUCCAAAACCCCUGGAUGUUAAUCAACUCCUUGAUUCAGUAUUGGAGACUUCAGAUCAGUUCGGAAGAAUAUCUGUCUCAACAGGACCUGACAUGUCUUACAAGGAUAUGGCCCAUCAUUGUGAGACACUCCUAACCAGGAAACAGCAGAAGAUGUCUGAUUUGAUGAGUGUCCACCUGAGACAAGACAGCUAUUUUCAAAAUCCUUUUCAUGCAGAACAGCCUGGCCCUGUCUUUGAGCAAACAAGUGGUACCAACUCAUUGCAACAACCUGUUGGCACUCUUCCAAUGCUGUGUGCAACUGAGUACCAGAACCAUCUCCAGCCCUUCAGUUUUCCGUCCUCAACUCCAUAUGAUAACAUCCUAAAAGCUGCUGGUUGUUGAUCCUGUAAAAUCACGGAAUUAAAUUCCCCCCAAAAUAAGCAAAAAGGAACAUCCGGCAAUUGUUCCCGUAGAAGGAAGAAAGUAUCCAUUUCCUAUUUAAGACAAGGUUGAAAAUGCUGCUGAACUGUCGAUUUUAGAGCUCAAAGAUGUUUCAGCUGCAACAAAAACUACCAUCCUUGCUUCUUGGUAUACAAAUUUUCCAGGAGAUAGUAAGACUUCCCCUCGCUUCAUAUUGUUUGACUGACUAGUUGGCCCAGUGGUUGAAGUCACUUCAAUAUGAUUCUUCAUUGUUUCUUUCCUCCUUUACACUCUUUUUUCUUUUUCCUAACUACGAGGUUGUUUAUAUAUAUAUAUAUAUAUAUAUACAUUGUAUAUAUAUAUUUAAUA